CAAUUAGUCACGCGUGUAUCCGGCGCGGGCGCAGGUCGCGCGCUGCAUUCGCUCCAAAACCAAAUUAUCGAAACCGGCUCGAGAAAUUCGCGGAGAAAAUACCUAGUGCUGGCCGACCUCCUUAUCGUUACGUCAGCGAGACCUUUGUUGAUACAGUCAAUCGAGCUCGUUAGUGUUCCUUGGUGUAUGUUCGACUCUGUUUAACGAGAAAGUCGUUUAAUAUCAGUUUGAACACCGCUUAUAGUGUAUGUAUUCACAAGACGUGUAGGCAGAUAAUCAAACUAAGGUGGCAGAAGGAAAAAACAUUGAAAUAAACAGUGACUUCAUCACCUGUGACUGAGCGAGGUGUGAAUCAACUGGCUGUGAUAAGCGUUGCGAAUUAGAAGACAAAAAGGAUAUGAGUUCUAAGUGGAGUAAAGUGCCCUACGUGAUGUGACAGUGCCCGAGGUGUAAUAGGUUGGUGUAUUGUUUCAAAGAAACAUUUUACACUUUGAAAUCGAUCUGAACACACGAACCAAAAAUGUUGACGCAUCGAACGAUAGCGCUGUUUCUAUGCGCAAGCACAUUCGCCCUGUGUCAGGGUCAGAGGGCGGAACAGUUGCUUGCCCAGAACCCUUGCUCGAGCAAGGUGACCUGCAGCGACUGCAUCCGCACCCCAAGCUGUGCUUGGUGCUUCGCUGCGGACUUCAACGGCCCGCGGUGCUUCAACCCCGCCAUGGAAGGCCAGGACGUCGUCGGCAAAUGUGACGAGGCCUACAUCUUCAACCCAGACAGCCGACGCUCUAUAGACCCUCUCUACAACAGAGAGCUGAGUAGAGCAAAGAGCCGAAUGGGAAUCUCGUACGAGGAGUCUUCGAGUAGUAGUGCAGGUAGUUACGGCGCAGGCGCGUACGGCGGCGGUGGGGGAGCGGCCGGCGCCGGCGACAACCUCGUGCAGAUCAAACCGCAGAAGGUGCAGAUGAAGCUCAGGAUGAACGAAAUGCACAAGCUAACGUUCGCGUACUCCCAAGCACAGGACUACCCAGUAGACCUGUACUACCUCAUGGACCUUAGCAGGUCUAUGCAGAACGACAAGGAGAAGCUCAGUACUCUCGGCACGUUACUCUCUAGCACUAUGAAGAAUAUCACCUCUAACUUCAGGAUCGGUUUCGGAUCCUUCGUCGACAAACUCGUCAUGCCAUACGUGUCUACUGUGCCUAAGAAUCUCAUUUCCCCGUGUGAGGGUUGUGCAGCCCCAUAUGGUUUCCGGAAUCAAAUGUCUCUAAGCAUGGACACUGACUUUUUCAAUGAAGCAGUAGCGCGUGCAGACGUAUCAGGCAACUUGGACGCGCCGGAGGGCGGGUUCGACGCCAUCAUGCAGGCGGUGGUGUGUCGCUCCGAGAUCGGCUGGCGGGACAAGGCGCGCCGGCUGCUCGUUUUCUCCACAGACGCGGGUUUCCACUACGCUGGAGACGGCAAGCUCGGCGGCAUCGUACAACCCAACGACGGCGAGUGCCACAUGCAGGACAACUCGUACACACACUCCACCAUACAGGACUACCCUAGCAUCUCGCAGAUCAAUCUCAAGGUAAAGAAGAAUGCGAUCAAUGUGAUCUUCGCGGUGACGGCGGAGCAGAUCAGCGUGUACGAGCAGCUGAGCAAGCACAUCGAGGGCUCCUCCAGCGGGAUACUCAGCAACGACUCCGGCAACGUCGUCGACCUCGUGCGCGACCAGUACAAUAAAAUUACGUCAACAGUGGAAAUGAAAGAUACAGCCAGCGACGCCGUGCAAAUAGUGUAUUACUCAUCCUGUCUCGGGCCCAAGGACAGCAUCAUGCAGACCAACAAGUGCGAUGGACUCAAGGUCGGCGAUGUAGUAGAGUUCACAGCGGAGAUAACUCUGAAGGAGUGCCCGAAGGACCCGCGCCAGUGGAAGCAGAUCUUCGAGAUCUCGCCCGUCGGCGUCUCGGAGAAUAUGACCGUCGAACUCGAGAUGAUCUGCGACUGCCCCUGUGAACACCCUGGGCACCACGCUUACAACGACAGUCCCUUAGUCUGUAACGGGCAGGGUAUCUCAGCGUGCGGUGUUUGCGUGUGCAACCCCGGGCGCUUCGGUAAGGCGUGCGAGUGCUCGGCGCACGGCGGAGUCUCCAUCGAACAAGAACGCGGCUGCCGCCCCACCAACGCCAGCUCCGGCCCGCUCUGCUCCAACCGUGGUACCUGCAUAUGCGGCGUCUGCGAAUGCCACAAAAUGGAAGAUCUCUCCAAGGUGAUCUCGGGUCCUUUCUGCGAGUGCGACAACUUCACGUGCGACAUGAACAAGGGGCUGCUGUGCUCCGGUCCUGACCACGGCGAGUGCGUCUGCGGCAAGUGUAGUUGCAGGCCCGAGUACACCGGGCCCGCCUGCCAGUGCCUCAAGGACACCACGCCGUGUCGGUCGCCUGAAAAUGGCGAGAUAUGCAGCGGUAACGGAAAGUGUGUGUGCGGCCAGUGCGUGUGCAAUGUGGACGACGAGAGACAUUACUCCGGAAAAUUCUGCGAGAAGUGCCCCACGUGUCCCGGGCGCUGCCAGGAGUUCAAGGACUGCGUGUUGUGCGAGGUGCACGCGCGCGGGCCCAUGUUUAACCCGGACGCCACGCCACACUGCGGGAACUGCACGCUGUUCCCCACCGUCGAGGAGGGCAAGAUUGAAGCGAACGAAUCCCGAAACGAGCAUCUAUGCAGCUUCUACGACGACGAGGACUGCCUGUACGUGUUCGUGUACUCGUACAACGAGACGCAACACUUGGUCGUGCGCGCGCAGAAGGAACGCGAGUGCCCUAGAAAGGUGUUCAUCCUGGGCAUCGUGCUGGGCGUGAUCGCGGCGAUCGUGCUUGUGGGCUUGGCGUUACUGAUGCUGUGGAAGAUGGUCACCACCAUCCACGACCGCCGCGAGUUCGCGCGUUUCGAGAAGGAGCGCAUGAUGGCCAAGUGGGACACGGGCGAGAAUCCGAUUUACAAGCAAGCGACAUCGACAUUCAAGAACCCCACUUACGCUGGAAAAUAAGGAUCUGCCACCACUUUGUGAGUGUCAUCUCACGCAGAAAGAUAGUGAACUUCAGUCAUCGUAGCGACACAGCGCAUUUAUACAACGCUAUCAGUAUUUGCUAAAAUUACGUAAUUUGUAGAAUUUUUCAACUGAACGAUAAAAGUAGGUGUAUCUACAUUUAAGUCGACUCGACUUUAGACGAUUUGCCUUCCAUAAAGUUUGUAUUGAUAAUUUUAAAUGCUGCCUUAAAUUGUGCCUUUUGAAUUUUACUGGAAAAUAUUAUACGCACAAAAAUAUAAUGAUGUUGCGGAUUUUGAUUCUGUAUUGAAUACAAUAAGGUUCUAAUCUCAGAUAGUUCUGUGUUGUACGCUUUUUGUACUUAUGUGAGUGUGUGUCGUAUGUACUUAUGUGUAUGUGUAGACGGGUGUCAUCGGACGUAGCAUAGCGUAACUCACUGAAUUAGGGAGAAUAACACUUUUACACCUUCGUUUAGAAUAAAAUGUGGAAUCUAGUCUACAAAAGAUAUUUUCGAUUGUCAAUCAAAAAAAAAGUUAUUGUGUGAACAGAGUUCGUCUUCACUUCAGAAAGUACAUAUUAAUAACGAAAUUAAACGCUAUGGUACGCCCGAUCUGCGAAUUAGAACAAUUUAGUGUUUGUUAUUAGAGUUAUGUCGUAGAAUUAAAAAGGGAAACCUAAGGAGUGUACGAACUAAUUGCGAUACUAAUUAUACAAGUUUCUUUCAAAACUGUCUAAUGAACUGAAAAUUUAAAUCGUAUUUAAAAAGGAAAAACUCGAGCUAAUGUCUAAAAGCAGCAACAAUACAAAACGAUAUUCCUAAAAUUGUGCAUCUUUAAGAAAUAUUCAAGAACCAUUGGUGUUGUGUGUUGGUAAGUUGUAAGAAGUAGGUAUACUGAAACUAUUUAGAUUUUUACAAAGAUUUCACUGCCAACAUAAUGUACUCCCGAAGUACAUGAGAUAGUAAUAAAGUUGUAUUUUGGGUGUUACUGCUUCCGACGUGGUCUGGUGCCUUAUAUAAAAUAAAGUAACGACUAGUGCCAUUACUAAUAAUAACAUAAAAGUAUAAAUCUAGUUUAUUAUUUAUUUGAUAUGGAAUUUUUAAUACGGAAUAAGUUUAAUUUUAUCUAUAUGUUUUAAGUGAUGACUUUUGUGUAAGUUUCUUGUGUUUUAUACAUGAAAUUAUGCAUUUCGAAGGUUUUUAUGACCUGUACAAGUACACAAUAUUUGUCAAUAAUCAAUUUUAUAAAUAUAUACAUUUCUUUCUCAAAUAAAACUUACCUUAUACCUAUAUGUAUAGUUAUUUCGUGCAGAAAACGUUAAUAUUCUUCACUGUCAUUUAUAGAUUAUCUAAAGGGUUAUGUUAUAUAGGUACUGGUAGGUAUGUUUUAUUUUGAGAAACAUUGCUUCCGUAAAUGUUCGACAUUUUUAUUGUAAAUAUGUUAAUUUUGAUAUACCGGGAUUUAUUUUAUACACUCGUGGUCUCUAAUUAUAGCUAAUAAAUUUUAACGCUAAUUAAA